ACUUCGGGGACCCUUGCACGAGCUGGGCACAGGCAGUCAGUUGCUCUCAGCUACGACAUGCAUAACGCAUGAGAGCGAUCUCUCUCUGUCACGAACGUAGUAAGAAGUACGAUACGGUGGUGGCUCGUACCUGCGAAAAUAUCUCUGAACCGCAGAUUGAAAAUACUUUAUUCGUGAGCGGUGGACGCAGUGAAUUCUCUCGUUUAAUUGUUCUCGUUAAAUGCGUCGUGAUCGACGAGGUGUCGUACCCUGCGUCGAGGGUAUCGUAUCUUCCGGUUCAGUUCUCGAGAGUUUCGCUAAGCUAAUCGGGACCAGUGAUCGUCGUCCGGAUGUAGAGAUACGCGUGCCCCGUGGUACGCUGGACACUGCUUCUGCAGCGCGGACGUGUGUCGAUUGAAUUCGGCAGAAGAUAGAAAGAAAGAAAGAAAAAAAUAUAUUAACAACCACCACAAAAGAGUGUACAUUGUGGUAUCAUUGUUUAAAGGGAUAACAUUUGAACCAUACAAUCAACAGAAAUGGACUCACCGUGUGUCGUUUGGAUUGUGUCUAAUAAAAAAGUGCUACGUGAUUACGCUUUGACAACGCGGUGAUCUUGCAACAAGACCCCUAAAAAAAAAAGUAAUUGGUUUUUUUUUUUUCAACCACCAAAUUACUCCGAUAUUCGUCGGACUCCUGAGUGAGGGUGGAUCGACAUCACACGUACAAAUUCGACGGAGAUGUAAAGAUCCGUUCUGCCGAUUGUUGUUGUGAUCAAUGAAAACGAACGAGUAACAUUGUCGCUUGGACGGCGAUAGAGUUUUCAAAAAAAAAAUCGUUUGGAUUUUUUUUUUUUUUCGCGACGGCAGAGAGACGAUAAAAGCUCUCCUCUUCAUCUCUCGUCGUUGACACUCCGAACGGGGGAGGUCUUCCCCCGGCCCAGUGUCGGAAGAGGUGGCUGGAACGCGGGAGUCGGAGAACAGGGGCCAUCGGGUCUUCGGCGAUUAAUUGAUCGGCCGGAUACAAGGGAGUAUCGUCGCACGUCGCGUCAAAGGACAUUCGAGAACCGGGACCAACACCUAGGUGCGGAUCUCGGGCAAAAGGCGAAAGCACAGCAGGGUGGCAGAGCCGAGCCACCAAGGCCGGGACGUCGGAGUAGAUGGCUGCUACCACGUACAUGCCUGUUAGUAGUGCAGUGUCCGCUGAGCUGGAUGGUGGUUCCGGAUCCGGGAUCGGGAUGAACAUCGCCGUGGGUGGCUACUCCUCGGGUUCGCCCCGCAGCGCCGCUGACGCCGGCGAAAUGAAGUACAUGCCCGCUCCUCAGCAUCACCAUCAUCAUCACCAUCACCACCAAGUUUCCUCGUCACCGACGCCGAACGGACUUUCGCACCCGGCGAGUCUCAGUUCGGCCAAUCCUUGGGUCAGUCUUCAACCGGGCAGCGAUCCAUGGGCGGCAUCCAUGGGGAUGCACCACACGACCCACCACCCCCAUCACCAUCCGCACCAGGCGAACACGACGCUGGACGUGAAACCUCUGGCCGCGGCGUCGGCGACGGAUUCCGUCCAGGGGAUGCAUCACAGGGGGCCCCAUCAGUCCCCGGGGAUGGCCUCGCCGCAUUCCUGGCACGCGCCCGUCGUACCCUCGGCCCAUUAUAACCCGAGCGGCGGAGCGGCGUCUCCUACGACGCUGCAACAGUACCACGCGGCGAUGAACGGGAUGCUCCAUCAGCACCCGCACCAACAUCCUCACCAACUGCACAACCAUCAAGCGGGACUUCCGCACCAUCUGAGAGACGCGCACAACCACAGUCCGCCCUCGGGACACCCUUUGCACCCAGGACAUCCGCUCGACAGGGAUCACAGUGCCGGCGAAGAGGACACGCCGACGUCCGACGACCUCGAAGCCUUCGCCAAACAGUUCAAACAGAGGAGAAUCAAGUUGGGCUUUACUCAAGCCGACGUCGGACUAGCCCUAGGUACAUUAUAUGGAAACGUGUUCUCGCAAACGACGAUAUGCAGGUUCGAAGCGCUCCAGUUGUCCUUCAAAAACAUGUGCAAGCUCAAACCACUGCUUCAAAAGUGGCUGGAAGAGGCGGAUUCGACGACGGGAUCGCCCACGAGCAUCGACAAGAUCGCGGCGCAGGGUAGGAAGCGGAAAAAGCGUACGUCGAUCGAGGUGUCGGUGAAGGGUGCCCUGGAACAACAUUUCCACAAACAGCCGAAACCGUCGGCGCAAGAGAUCACUUCGCUCGCCGACAGUCUUCAACUCGAGAAGGAAGUGGUGAGGGUGUGGUUCUGCAACCGGCGGCAGAAGGAGAAGAGGAUGACUCCGCCAAACACCCUGGGCGACGGUAUGAUGGAGGGUAUGCCACCGGGACAUCAAGGUCAGGGAGGUCUUCACCAAGGAUACCAUCCGCAGGAUCAUCUCCACGGAUCGCCGAUGGGUCACAGUCACAGUCCCCCGAUGCUCAGCCCUCAGGGUCUUACGGCACAUUCCCUUACGGCCCACUAGCGUUCGCCGGGGCCUUCCCCACUAGGCCUUGCGAUAACCUCACAGGCAAAUUCUUCUUCGGAAGGUUUGCCACCGUUCUAUCACCACUAUCUUCAGGCGCGCACGAGCUACUCCACAUCGUAGCUGAUGGUGUCGGUAUUUGACGGUUCGGAAGAUUGGUGAAAAUUGACUCACGGGGUUACUAUCGUUACACAAGGCCUGCCAAGUACGGCGGGAAGGCUAUCUAUUUGUACCAAAAUGUAUGAAAGUGCCACGAUCGAAUAUACGGGCUUUUUCGUGUUACCGCGGACAAAAUGGACUGUUUCAAAUGAAUUAUACUAUGGACGGAAACUGAGAAGAAGACCUCCGGAUCGUUUCUUCGAAAGUUUUGUGAAAAUAAUUUGGUGAUAAAAAAAAAAAAACCUACUCGGGACUUUGAACCCUUCUAGGAUCCUGGUGCCGUGAAUGCGUUCAUGUAUAAUAACGUGAUAAUCAAACGACCAAAAAAAAAAAAAAGAGGAAAUUGAAAAAGCACGGGUAAGGGAUGAUCCUUUUACCGAUCAUCGCGAUGCUCCCGUUGACGAAUAAAAAUUUUCGUUUAACAUAAAUAUAGUUAUUUUUACAAAGUAUUGUGCGAAUUUGAGUUACAAUGUAACGCAAGAGCCGAAAGUUGAUUUGCGUUUCUAUUCGGUGAAACAAAACGUUUUUCAAAAAAGCACAUCCUCUUACUUGACCGUCGCGAGAGGCAAAUAUUCGAAGAGAACAGAGAAGAAGAAAACCAGAUUCAGAGUUUUGACGGAGUUCAAAGUUCAAAGUUUCGCCAAAUUAUUUUCGAGUGCAAUCGUCAACGUUUCAGGAUAAGUUUUCCGAAAUGUUUCCGUUAACGUAAUUCUGUUCCGUGGUAACUCGAGUGCCGGCUGCUAUACGUGGACACUUGUUUAUGUUAUUUAAAUUUGUUGAAAAUGAAAGAAAAAAAAAAGAAAGAUUACAAAUUCGAAUAACUUAAACGAAUAAAACUAAAAAGUUAGAAAUUAUUGUUCCGAGAGAGACGAUGUACGAUCUCGGAUGGAAUAAAGAUAAAAACACUAAAGACUACACUUCGCGAGUGAAACAAAAAAAAAAAUACCUAUAAAAUGAAACGUUUUAAUCCGAGCGAUUGGUGGGUGCGACACAAUUUUGUGCAAGUAUAUGAUAAUCGCGGAGAAUCAGGAUUCAGAAGUCAAUUCGCUCUUCUGGAUUCCUGGACUCUGUGGAUGUAUGCGGAGGCUCGGAUUGCCGUUUUAACUAACGUAGGUGUGCCGCCGGAGUUCGCCCGUACGGGCGAGCCGCGACCGGCCAAUGAUGUAAUAUAAGUAAAUAUGGACUGUAAAUAACGUACCACAUAAAACUAAUAAGUUAAGUGAGCAUGCGUCGUCGCGCGUUGAACAAAAAACGAAAGAGAAGCAGUCAAAAAAAAAAACCAGAAAUGCAAAACAGGAAAAAACCGAAAAAUUUCAAUUUAAAUUAUAGAAAUAGAUAGAAAAUAAAACCAACUUGCAAUCAACCAAUCAACAAACCUACGAAUGACAAAAAAAAAAACAAAUAAUGAUUAAUCAAACGAGCGACUUAGCGACACACCCCCUCCCACGAAAACCCCUUCUGUAUAAAGUAAGUAUAGAAAAUAUAACAAAGAUGUCGAAAGAUUCUAUGUAUAUUAUUAUUAACAUUUGAUUAUUAUAUAUAUUCUCGGGAAUAGAAUGCAAAAUGAGAAAUUAUCGCCUUAGAAUACCAUUAUAUUUAUUUGUAACAAUUUUUUCCCCCUCCCCCCCACCUAACCAUCGAAAUUUUCCUUCAAUUUUCAUACGUACGCGGGACGUGCACUCAAAUAUUACGUUAUACGAUAGCUAGAUAUACAUAUGUACUCACGAAAAUUUUCUUCCGUUUUUCCUACAUCAUUUCUCGGCAUUAUAAAUAGCCAUUUACCGCGCUGCAAUUCCGAACACACGUCUAUAGGUACAUAUUAUAAACCAAACUAAAAUCCAUGCCAGAAUAAAUUCCAAUUAGUCUCAAUUACCCGUGUUUAAGUUUCGUCUAUGCGAUAGUUACAUGUCCGUUAAUAUACACGUAUGCAUGCACGUAUAUACGUAACGUAUAUUCGUACUCGUCGCGGUGAGGGAGACGUCAUGGUAAUUUUGACAAUUCGAGACGGGUACCGUUGCCCGUCUCGCCCGCGUCUUCCAAGUCGUCGUUUUUUUGAGUUUUUUUCCUUUUUUUUUUUACCUCUCUCAUAUAUUAUACAGGUUUCCGAGUGAAUUUACCAUUUCAGAGAAAGAGAGUCGAGAAUUUUUUUGAAAAAAUAAAAACCACAUUUUUUUUUUAAAUUAUAUUCACGUACACAUAAAUAUAUCCAAAGUAGAUUCUUGUUUUUUGUUUUUUUUUCACUUCAAAUUUAUGUUUUUUAUUCGCCAUUUCGAAUGCCUGAAGAUAUACGCGUUUCCAAGUUGCACUACCUAUUAGCACUUUUUACGCAUGCUUAUGGUACAUGGGGCUGCGUGCAGUGCAGUCUACACUUCGUAGCAUUUUUCCAAAUCAAAAGAACAUGAGAAAAAAACGAUCGGUCGAUAAUAUCUAAUUGAACUCAAGUGCGAGUAAAUUUUUGUGAUCUCACUUUGCAAUCUGGUUCCUGCAGAUUCCAUAUUAUAUUUGUGUAAUAUUAAUAUUAUUUUAUUUUUGAGUUAUCGAUUAAACGAGAGGAAAAAAAAAAACAAAAAACGAGAAAAAAAAAAAUGGAAAACGACAAAAAAAAUAUAUUAUAUAACGAAAUAAUAAUUAAAGAGUAAUAAACACAUAAAUGACGAUGAUGAAGGAAGAAAAAAAAAAAACAGAGUAAACUUAAUGAAAAAAACAAAAUAAAAUACGAUUUUUUUCCAAUUCUGUACAUACUAGGAUUAUUAUGUAACAAAAUGAAAAAUGUGAAGUCCUGUUGACGGUAGUGUAACUAUUCGAAGAUUAAUAAAGAGAGAAAAAAAUUUUUUAAAUAAUAAAUAAAUGAAAAUGAAUAAUUAAAUAAAAAGGGAGGAAAAAAAUGCAACACAUGUUUUUAAUAGAAUGGCGGUGGAAUGUGCGAUCUUUUUUUUCUAGUUUUAUUCUUAUAUGUUUUUGUGUUAUUGUAUACGCAUGAAAUUGGUUUUUCUGAUCAUCAUCAGUGGCGACUGCCCUCCUCUGUAACCCUCGCCGAUCCGAAACACACGUAUUAUGUAAUUAUAAAUGUAUCGAAAUUGAAAGAUUAAUGAAAUAUACUUGUUGCAAUGAUCGCAAGUGUUUUUAUUCUCUUCGUUCUUUUGGAAUCAAAAUCUCGCUGUCGGUAGAAAAGUUAAACUUGCGUGUAAUGUUAUAUUUAUUUUGCUUCGGCUCUUCUCAAAUUAUGCGAAUAAAUAUUUAUAGAUAUUUGAUAUGCGUAAUUGCUAUACACAUUUUAUGUUAACACGCGAAAAUCCAUGACCCGCGAACGAAUUCGCACGAAUCUUAAUUUUCCGAAUAUUCUUUACAUACAUACGUAAUAUAGUCAGUUUUCGAGAAAUAGAUGCACCUUAAGACCGAUGCGAAAAAAAUUUAUUCAGAAAAAUAGAAAAUAAUUAAUAGCCAAAAUCAGAUUAUUAAUCACAUCAUCAUAUUUCUCCUGCAGUACAACGAUCAUGAUUUUCUGACUUGUCUUUCUUCUCUCAAAUCUAAUCAGAUUGAAAACAGCGGUCCAGAUUACCCAGAUAAAUAUCUUAUGUGAUACGAUACGUACGAAAAGAGCUUCUUCUUUCUUUCCUCAAAUUGAAUAAUCCGAUCAAAUAAUUUUACGUUAAAUCUAAUCGUUAUUAAUCACAUACCUACUGCAUACAGAUGUGCAUACACACAAUAUGGAUAAUUAUGCACAUAAAUUACACGGUGCAAAUACAUGCGGGUGGCGGUAUGGUCAGUUAUAGAUGAUCAGAAAAACCAGACACAUUUAGAGAAAAAAAAAAAAUACUAUAUGAAAUAAAGUAAAGUAAAAUAAACAAAAAAAAAAGUAAAAAAAAUGAAUAAAUAAAUAAA